UAUAUAGAAGCUUAAAACGAACAAAUUCGAACACACGGAGGUUCGAGACGCCAGAUUUGGGCAGUCUAAUUUCAGGUGCUCUUGGAAGAACCGAGAGUCGCCCAUGAACACCCCCAGCAGCUCUGAAACGCCAGCGAGCCAAGGAAACGAUAAGCAUACCAGGAGCUAGCCGACGUCGCACCUCACAGCAAUCCUCCAAAACCCCGCAAAGCCCCGACGGCAACGGAAGUACUACACUAUAAUCAUCUGGAACUCCCCUCAAGAAAAAAGAAAAAAAAAUCAUCAUCCGGAACCGGGCGAACACGUCCGUACAGAAAAGCCCCUCCGUCUCGAUCAGAACACAUCGCGUGAUGGCAUCACUAACGAACACGACCAUUUUUAUCGUACCAGCGUCUGAUCCGAUCACCCGGAGCAACGUGACGACUCUCAGGCCCGGCCCAGAUAUAUAUAAAUAAACAAAACAAACGGGGAGGCAACAUGGAUGGGUGUCUUGCGUGCUCGAGAGGGAGGGAGGGAUUCCCACUCGAGGCCUCGAGCUCCGGCCAAUGAGCCGCCCCUUGGAGGCCCCAUCAGCCGCACUUGCCAAAAGUCAGACCUGCCCCAUGCCCACAGCAGCAGCAGCUCCACAACAUGACAUGACUCGCGAAGCACUACCUCCAUGGCCAUGGCCGUUGACCUCGAGCAGGCCGGAUAAUAACCUAUGCUCCUACGGCGACGGAUAAAUAAAACGCGCCCCAUGCUGCAUACCGCGCCGGCCAAUGGGACGCUAGCUUCAACCUCCUUCGCGGUCCGUUCCCGCCCCCAUCCAAAGAAAAAAGUCCACGCGCCAGACGAACCGGCUACGACGACCUGCGAUCGAUCGGUUACUCAUUCCCCAUGUUGCUGGCGGCGGUGGAGGCCUCGCUAUGAUCAUCGGUCACCACCGGCAGCGGGUCGUCAUUUCGCCGGGAGCGGUGGUGGCUGCCGUCGUCCUGCCGUUCCUCCUGCUGUUGUUGGCGGGCUCGGCCGCCGGCGCGUGCGGCGAGGGGGAGAGGCAGGCGCUGCUGGCCUUCCUCGACGCGCUCUCGCCGCGGCCCGGGGACGGCAUCGCCGCCUCGUGGCGCGGCUCGCGGGACUGCUGCGCUUGGGAGGGCGUGGGAUGCGAUGUGGGAGGUGGUGGCGGGGUCACCAGCGUGUCCCUCCCCGGCCGCGGGCUCGGCGGGACGAUCUCGCCGGCGGUGGCCAGGCUCGCCGCGCUCACGCACCUCAACCUCUCCGGUAACGGCCUCGCCGGGGCCUUCCCCGCGGAGCUGCUCGCCCUGCCCAACGCCUCCGUCGUCGACGUCAGCUACAACCGCCUCUCCGGCGCGCUCCCGGACGUGCCGGCCUCCGUCGGACGCGCCCGCCUCCCGCUGCAGGUGCUGGACGUGUCCAGCAACCAUCUGUCCGGGCGGUUCCCUUCCACGGUCUGGCAGCUCACGCCCGGCCUCGUGUCGCUCAAUGCCAGCAAUAACAGCUUCGCCGGCGCGAUCCCGUCGCUCUGCGUCAUCUGCCCGGCGCUCGCCGUGCUCGACGUCUCCGUCAACGCGUUCGGCGGGGCCGUCCCCGUCGGAUUCGGCAACUGCUCGCGGCUGCGGGUCCUCAGCGCCGGCCGCAACAAUCUCACCGGCGAGCUCCCCGACGACCUCUUCGACGUGACGUCGCUGGAGCAGCUGGCGCUCCCGUCCAAUAGGAUACAGGGGAGGCUUGAUCGCCUGCGGAUCGCCAGGCUGAUCAAUCUCGUCAAGCUUGACCUGACCUACAAUGCGCUCACCGGCGGGCUGCCGGAGUCCAUCGGCGAGCUCACGAUGCUGGAGGAGCUCCGGCUCGGGAAGAACAACCUCACCGGCACCAUCCCGCCGGUGAUCGGCAACUGGACCAGCCUCCGGUACCUGGACCUUCGGUCCAACAGCUUCGUCGGGGACCUCGGGGCCGUUGACUUCUCCCGCCUCACCAAUCUCACCGUCUUGGACCUCGCCGCCAACAACCUCACCGGCACCAUGCCGCCCAGCGUCUACUCCUGCACGUCGAUGACAGCCCUGCGCGUGGCCAACAACGACAUCAAUGGGCAGGUGGCGCCGGAGAUCGGCAACAUGAGAGGGCUGCAGUUCCUCUCGUUGACCAUCAACAAUUUUACUAACAUCAGCGGCAUGUUCUGGAACCUUCAGGGCUGCAAGGACCUCACCGCGCUGCUCGUCUCCUACAACUUCUACGGCGAGGCCCUGCCGGACGCCGGCUGGGUCGGUGACCACGUCAGCAACGUCCGGCUGAUCGUCAUGGAGGAGUGCGGUCUCAAGGGCCAGAUACCGUUGUGGAUGUCCAAGCUGCAGGGCCUCAAUGUCCUGAACCUCGCCGGGAACCGCCUCACCGGCCCGAUCCCCAGCUGGCUCGGCGCCAUGAAGAAGCUCUACUACGUGGACCUGUCGGGCAACCACUUCGCCGGGGAGUUACCGCCGUCGUUGAUGGAGCUGCCACUGCUGACGUCGGAAAAGGCCAUGGCGGAGUUCAAUCCGGGCCCUCUGCCGCUCGUCUUCACCCUGACGCCCGACAACGGGGCGGCGGUCAGGACGGGCCGCGCGUACUACCAGAUGUCCGGCGUCGCCGCCACCCUCAACCUCAGCGACAACGACAUCUCCGGCGCGAUCCCGCGAGAGGUCGGGCAGAUGAAGACGCUGCAGGUGCUUGACCUCAGCUACAACAACCUCUCCGGCGGCAUCCCGCCGGAGCUCAGCGGCCUGACAGAGAUUGAGAUUCUUGACCUCCGCCAGAACCGUCUGACGGGCUCCAUCCCGCCGGCGCUCACCAAGCUCCACUUCCUCUCCGACUUCAACGUCGCACACAACGAUCUCGAGGGCCCGAUCCCGACGGGCAGGCAGUUCGAUGCUUUCCCGGCGGCGAACUUCGCGGGGAACCCGAAGCUUUGCGGCGAGGCGAUCUCGGUCCGCUGCGGCAAGAAGACCGAGACGGCGACAGGAAAGGCUUCGUCGUCCAAGACCGUGGGCAAGAGAGUGCUCGUGGCCAUCGUUCUUGGAGUCUGCUUCGGUUUGGUCGCCGUCGUCGUCUUGAUAGGACUCGCCGUGAUCGCCAUCAGAAGGUUCAUAUCGAACGGAUCCAUCAGCGACGGCGGCAAGUGCGCGGAGUCGGCCCUGUUCGACUACUCCAUGUCGGAUCUGCACGGCGACGAGUCCAAGGACACGAUCCUGUUCAUGUCGGAGGAGGCGGGCGGCGGCGACCCGGCGAGGAAGAGCGUCACGUUCGUGGACAUCCUGAAGGCGACGAACAACUUCAGCCCGGCUCAGAUCAUCGGAACGGGGGGCUAUGGCUUGGUGUUCCUGGCGGAGCUGGAGGGCGGCGUGAAGCUCGCCGUGAAGAAGCUCAACGGCGACAUGUGCCUGGUGGAGCGGGAGUUCCGGGCGGAGGUGGAGGCGCUCUCGGUGACGCGGCACGAGAACCUGGUGCCGCUCCAGGGCUUCUGCAUCCGCGGCCGGCUCCGGCUGCUGCUGUACCCAUACAUGGCGAACGGCAGCCUCCACGACUGGCUGCACGACCGGCGGCCGGAGCAGGAGGAGCUGGACUGGCGCGCCCGGCUGAGGAUCGCGCGGGGCGCGGGGCGCGGGGUGCUGCACAUCCACGAGGCGUGCACGCCGCAGAUCGUGCACCGGGACAUCAAGUCGAGCAACAUCCUGCUGGACGAGUCCGGCGAGGCGCGGGUGGCGGACUUCGGGCUGGCGCGGCUGAUCCUGCCGGACCGGACGCACGUGACGACGGAGCUGGUGGGCACGCUGGGGUACAUCCCGCCAGAGUACGGGCAGGGGUGGGUGGCGACGCUGCGGGGAGACGUGUACAGCUUCGGCGUCGUGCUGCUGGAGCUGCUCACCGGGAGGCGGCCCGUGGAGAUGAUGGCGGCGGCGGGGCAGCCGAGGGAGCUCGUCGGGUGGGUGAUGCAGCUGCGGUCGGCCGGGAGGCACGCCGAGGUGCUGGACCCGCGGUUGAGGCAGGGGAGCCGGCCGGGCGACGAGGCGCAGAUGUUAUACGUGCUCGACCUCGCCUGCCUCUGCGUCGAUGCCAUCCCGCUCAGCCGGCCGGCGAUCCAGGAGGUGGUCAGCUGGCUCGACAACGUCGACACCAUCGGCACGUCCUGACGUGGUCUGUGUAAAGCCAAAGAUGGUUAGAUUUUGGGACGAUGGAUGGAGUCGAUCGAUGAGAUAGAAAAUCAGAAUCAGAAUUCAUAAA